UGCGGCGCCGACUGAGGCAAAGCGAAACAGAUUUAGUUCCGCUCACCGGUAGGGCGUCCUCGGAGACACAGCGUAGCGACGUAAGACCUUUGCACCCUUGGUUGCGGCCGGCACGUCGGCUCUCGCUAGCCGGGCGGGAAAAAGACGGCCUCCAGAUGCGACCGAGUGCCGGAGAAUAACAAUUUAGAGGGCCAAGAUGUCCAAUUUAAGGAUAUUUGCAGUGAAUCGGAAGAAAAUAUCCAGCUUGCACUACUUUAAUAAUAUGUGUUCCUCUAAAAUAAGAGCAAGUCUAAAAAGAUUAAAGCUACAUGUACUUCUUGGAAGAAAUUACAGUUCCCUACCAGGUUUAAUGGGAAAUGAUAUCAAGUCCCUUCAUUCCAUCAUCAAUCCUCCUAUUGCUAAAAUUCGUAAUAUUGGAAUUAUGGCUCAUAUUGAUGCAGGAAAAACUACCACCACAGAAAGAAUUUUAUAUUAUUCUGGAUACACAAGAUCGCUGGGAGAUGUUGAUGAUGGAGACACAGUGACAGAUUUCAUGGCUCAAGAGCGAGAACGAGGCAUAACUAUUCAGUCAGCUGCUGUCACAUUUGAUUGGAAGGGGUACAGAAUCAAUCUUAUUGAUACACCAGGUCAUGUGGAUUUUACCUUGGAGGUUGAGCGCUGCCUGAGAGUGUUAGAUGGUGCAGUGGCCGUGUUUGAUGCCUCUGCCGGUGUAGAGGCACAAACUCUUACAGUAUGGAGGCAAGCUGAUAAGCACAAGGUACCUCGAAUCUGUUUUUUAAACAAGAUGGACAAAAUUGGAGCAAGUUUUAACUAUGCAGUUGAAAGCAUCAGAGAGAAGUUGAAGGCAAAACCUUUGCUUUUACAGUUACCAAUUGGUGAAGGCAAAGCUUUCAAAGGAGUGGUGGAUAUAGUAAGUAAAGAAAAACUUCUUUGGAAUCCCAAUUCAGAUGAUGGAAAAGACUUUGAGAGAAAACCCCUCUUGGAAAUGAGUGAUCCUAAAUUGCUGAAAGAAACAACGGAAGCAAGGAAUGCCUUAAUUGAACAAGUAAAUUUGUGUUUGCUGGCACUGAGUCUUCACUGUCGCGCGCAGGCUUUCUCUAGUUGGGUUGCAGAUUUGGAUGAUGAAUUUGCUGACUUGGUUUUAGGAGAAUUUAGUGAGAAUUUUGAUUUGCUACCAGCCGAAAAGCUACAAACUGCACUACGCAGAGUAACACUGGCUCAGACAGCAGUGCCUGUGCUUUGUGGAAGUGCCCUGAAAAACAAAGGGGUCCAGCCCUUAUUAGACGCCAUUACUAUGUACUUGCCUUCACCGGAAGAACGCAACUAUGAAUUUCUGCAGUGGUAUAAGGGUGACUUAUGUGCCCUGGCAUUUAAAGUCCUCCAUGACAAGCAGCGAGGCCCACUGGUUUUUAUGCGCAUAUACUCAGGCAUGAUAAAACCCCAAACAGCCAUCCAUAAUAUUAAUGGAAACUGCACGGAGAGGAUAAGUCGUCUGCUUUUGCCAUUUGCUGACCAACAUAUAGAAAUCCCUUUACUGACUGCUGGUAACAUUGCUUUGACUGUUGGGCUUAAACAUACUGCUACCGGAGACACCAUUGUCUCAUCCAAGUCCAGCGCAUUAGCUGCAUCUCGUCGAGCCAGAAGGGAGGGAGAAAAGAAGCAGAAAGAAAACAAUGAAACAGAGAGGCUUUUAUUGGCUGGCGUGGAGAUUCCAGAACCUGUUUUCUUCUGUACCAUAGAACCUCCAUCGAUGGCUAAGCAGCCAGAUUUGGAUCAUGCAUUGAAAUGCCUUCAGCGUGAAGAUCCCAGUUUGAAAGUGAAGCUAGAUCCUGAUUCUGGACAAACUGUCCUUUGUGGCAUGGGGGAGUUACAUAUUGAAAUUAUUCAUGACCGAAUCAAGAGGGAAUAUGGCCUAGAAACCUAUCUCGGGCCCCUCCAGGUGGCAUACCGCGAGGCCAUCCUAAAUUCAGUUCGUGCCACAGAUACCUUAGAUAGAACUUUAGGAGACAAACGGCAUCUUGUGACUGUAGAACUGGAAGCAAAACCCAUGGAAACAGCAUCUCUUCUGCCCGUUAUCGAGUAUGCAGCAAGUGUUGCCGGAGACCUCUCGCAGGCCUCCCGAGAGGCCUUUGAAAAUGGCGUUCACAGUGCGUGCCUCCAAGGACCAUUGCUUGGAUCCCCAGUUCAAGAUGUAGCAGUUACUUUACAUUCUUUGGUAAUUCAUCCCGGUACCUCCACAACUAUGAUUUCUGCCUGUGUCUCAAGAUGCCUACAAAAGGCUCUGAAGAAAGCUGAUAAGCAAAUUUUGGAGCCCCUGAUGAAUCUUGAGGUGACAGUGAGCAGAGACUACCUCAGCCCUGUCCUAGCAGACCUGGCACAGAGAAGAGGGAACAUUCAGGAAAUCCAGUCUCGCCAAGACAACAAAGUGGUUAUCGGAUUUGUUCCCUUAGCAGAAACCAUGGGUUAUUCAACUGUGCUUCGAACAUUAACAUCAGGCUCAGCUACUUUUGCCUUAGAGCUGUCUAACUAUCAAGCCAUGAAUCCUCAAGAUCAAAGUACGCUGCUCAGCCAGAGACAUGGCCUGUCCUAAGUCCUUGGAGGGAAGCUCAGGAGCACCUACCUACUUCGUUUUCAGUAAGAACUAUUUAAAAGAGAACUUGAACAGAUGGUGGCACUGGUGCUGCUCAUUCUGCUUUAUAGCAUGAGAAACGUGCUUUGAUGCUGACGGUUAAUGUACCCGAGCUGUAUUGUGUAUCUAGUAAAUUAUUACUGUUGGUAGUUAAGAUUCGGUCUUGGAAUACACUGAGUGAUAGAUACCACAAGGUUUUCGGUUGGUUGAUUUUACGCUUCUCUCACAAGAAAGAUGUCAGCCUUCUAAUGUAGAAUAAGAUGGAGGUGCAAUCAAUAAAAAGAUAUUUUAUUCAAAAA